AUACAAAACUCUUUCUCCGGAAACGCUACUAGAAGCUAAAUAUAGACAUCGGCAAUUCCCGUUUCUCCAAAACUGCGCUAUUUUUAAGUUGAAGUCACAAAGCAAGUUUACAAGCUGCCAUGGCUCUGUCACAAGACGAUGAGCUGCGGGAGUGGGCCCGUGUCAAGGGAAUUACGACUCGGACACUAAAGGUGCUCGCCGUGCAGGGCGUGAGCUCUGUUCAGGAUUUGAUCCACCUGGACAUCGGCAUCCUGGAGCUGUCCGAGCUGCUACCCCGGGGACAGUGCCGGCUCCUGCGGCAAUCUGUGGACGAAUUAACAACGGAAAGUGAAGAACAUCUUUUCCCGUCCAACUCUCCAAAUCACUCUUACCGUCCAGACACCUCACCUUCCUCACGUCUUUCAUAUCCCGAUGAUCGUUCAAUCGACACGUGGGGUUCAUCGAACAGUCUGUCCCCCAGAACACUCCGUCUCUUGAGGCUGCAGGGAAUAGACAAUGUCGACGAGCUGUAUUCUCUCAGCCCCGAUGAUGUCAAUCUGCUGGCUGUGGGCGCAGGCUUCUGGGAGGAUGAACAGAUGGGGAAACUGCAGCGAGCGAUCCGACAGCUGCAAGUGGGCGAGGAAGGACCGAGAGAUCGGUUCCAGAGUAUUCCAUUUGGGGACAGAGACCAUCAUGGAUGGCAGAAUCCCUGUCUCAAUGACAGUCUGCGAGGCUCGGCAAGUAACAGUCUGCGAUUCUUCCUGGUGGGCAAGACUGGCUGUGGCAAGAGCACAACCGGAAACACUAUUCUGGGACAGGAACUCUUUCAUAAUGAAGUCUGCUUUAGCUCGGUGACCAGCAGGUGCGCACAUCAGAGGAUCGAACGCAAUGGUGUUGUCAUCGAGAUCACCGACUCCCCAGGACUCUGUGACACAAAGAGAUCACCAGAAGAUGUCGCUGCGGAAGUUGUUCAGGCUGUGGCAUGCAUGCAUCCGGGUCCCACGGCCAUUUUAUACGUCAUUGCGAUUGGUCGCUACACGGAGGAAGACCAGGGUGUGUACGAAAGGGUCAAAAGUCUGUUGGACGACAGGGUCACUCAGUACAUCAUCAUCAUUUUCACGCGAGGUGACGACUUGGCUCGACAGGGGAAGACCAUCCAGGCGGUCCUCGACACUGCACCGGACAACCUGCGGACUGCACUGAAUGAGUGCGGCCAGCGCUACCUGGUGUUCGACAACACCACUGAGGACAAACAACCUCAGGUGGACCGUCUGCUGCAGAUGGUGAGCAGACUGAGGGAGGCGCAUGGCGGCAAACCCUACACAUGCCCCAAGUACGGAGAGGUCGGCGAGAAGAUCGAGAAGGAACUUGAGAGAAGACUGCAGAAGGUGGAGGAAGCGGAGCUUAAGAAGAAGAAAUAUGUGAAAGAACUGGAGGACAAAACGAGCAGAGCGAGAGAAGAAGCGGAAAAAGAAAAGAAAAAGUUCGAGAAAAUGGAGGCUGAAAGAGAAAAAAUGAUGAAAAAAGCAGAAAAAGAAAGAGAAAGAAAAAUGGCCGAGUUGCAAAAAAUAAUUAACGAGCAGAAACUCGGAGCAGAGAGACAGAGGGAGGAAGAGAGAAAACUGCGGGAUAGGAUGAAACAGGAGCGGGAAGAGUUCCGGAGACAAAUGGAGGAAGACAGGAGAAGAGAAUUAGAGUUGAUUGAGAAACGAAACGAAGAAACACAAAGGCUGCUCAACCAAAAGGAGUCAGCUUUGACUCCGAGCGGGAUGCGAACCGCAGACUUCUGGAGAUGCAAGAGAAGGAGCUGAGGAGCCUGAAGGACAAGGUGGCCAGUGUGUCUGCCAAAGACACAGGUGGUUGUAGUAUUCUGUAAGUCUUCUGUGUAGAGGGAAAAAUAUCUACACACCACCUUCAUCAACUAGCGAGUGUUAUCUUUGACAGUGGUUACCUUUGCGUCUGAUACUUCUCAGAUAAUCACUUAGUUUUUGUGUUUAAAAAAUUCUGACAGACACAACUACAGAUGUCGACAACAAAAAAGAAAAAAGAAUGAAUAACAGUAGGCUUAGCUGAUCAGAUGAAAAUUAAACCAGACUGAAAGAAAGGUAGAGUAAAACCCAAGGUGUACCGAGCUUUAAUACCUUACUUGCAGUAGUCUCCCCUGAGCAACAAAAGUAAUUCAUGAGUUCACUAAUACAAGAGCACAUAAGAGGACGACUUUCAAACUAUCGUUUACUUCUUUCCGGAAAAAAUUGUAAGACUUAACCCACUCAAACGUGUAUGUGUGAAUUAGUAGUUUUUAAGAAUUGGGGAAUUGGGAUUUGAGAAAAUAAAGUCUUAUUGGCUUAUA